GCUGUGGCCAAUUUGCAGGGGGAGAAGACUGAGGCCUGAGGGUUGGGCCUUGCUCCAGCGGAGGUGGGGGCUGGCCUGGAACUCCCUGGGCCCCAGCACGUGGACAGGGUGCACCCCAGUUCCCCAGCCAUUAUGGGGUUCAGCUCCCCCCUGGGGCCUGGAGACGGCUUCCCCUCUCUUUCCUGCCCCUCAUCUUCUGGACAAGGAUGUCCAGGGCCCUUCCUGGCUGGGCCUCCCUGACCGUACUUCUGGCCAGCCCAGCACAAUGCCUGUUCCUUCCCUGGGCCUUCCCUCUAGCGGUCCCUGCACCCUGGCCUCUGCAUGACCAGGAAGGCUGGGGAGAGGGGGCGUUGUCCCACCCUGACCCCGCCGACCUCUCUGUCCCUGCUUCCUCCGCCUCCCGGGCUGGCCCUGGCCCAGGAAUGCACUCUGGUUCCUGGUUGAGCAAUGUCACUGUGGUUUGGGGAUCCGGUGGGGGUGGUGGGAGGUGCCCGCAGCCCUCCUCACCCCCCAAAGGUGCCCCAGUAGCCCCUCCAGCUCAGGCUGGCAGGGGCUUCGGACAGGGGGCCUGGCAGGUUCUGUGGCUGUGCGGGCACGUGCCUCAGUUUCUCUGCUGUGCCAGAAGGGAGCCAUGGCCCAGGGCCACGGGGCCACGAUCAGCAUGGUCCUGCUGGGGCUGGGGCUGGCACUGGCCAUCAUUGUGCCUAUCGUGGUCGUCUCUUGGCACCGCGUCCACUGUGGCCCCCAGGCCUUUGCCCAUGCUGCGGUUGCUGCGGACUCUAAGAUCUGCUCGGACAUUGGACGAGCCAUCCUCCAGCAGCACGGCUCACCCGUGGAUGCCACCAUCGCGGCUCUGGUCUGCACCGGGGUUGUCAACCCCCAGAGCAUGGGCCUGGGUGGAGGGGUCAUCUUCACUAUCUACAAUGCGUCCACAGGGAAGGUGGAGGUCAUCAACGCCAGGGAGACGGUACCUGCCAGCCACGUCCCGGGUCUGCUGGACCAGUGCAAGCAGGCCCAGCCUCUGGGCACAGGUGCCCAGUGGAUCGGGGUGCCUGGGGAGCUCCGCGGCUACGCUGAGGCGCACCGCCGCCACGGCCGCCUGCCCUGGGCACAGCUCUUCGGGCCCACCAUCGCACUGCUCCGGGGGGGCCUCCGCGUGCCCCGCGUCCUGAGCCGCUUCCUGCACAGCAGCUACCUGCGCCCUUCCCUGCACGCAUCAUCCCUGAGGCAGCUCUUCUUCAAUGGGACGGAACCCCUGAGUCCUCACGACCCACUCCCGUGGCCCGCGCUGGCCGCCACCCUGGAGACCGUGGCUGCGGAAGGCGCAGAGGCCCUCUACACAGGGAGGCUGGGCCAGAUACUGCUGGAGGACGUUGCCAAGGAAGGCAGCCAGUUGACCCCGCAGGACCUGGCAUCAUUCCGGCCUGAGGUGGUGGAUGCCCUGGAGGUGCCCCUGGGGAGCUACACCCUGUACUCACCGCCACCGCCUGCAGGGGGCGCGAUUCUCAGCUUUGUCCUCAACGUGCUCAAAGGGUUCAACUUUUCCGCGGAGUCGGUGGCCAGGCCCGAGGGGAGGGUGAACUUGUACCAUCACCUCGUGGAGACGCUCAAGUUUGCUAGGGGGCAGAGGUGGCGGCUGUGGGACCCUCGAAGCCACCCGGAGGUCCAGAACGCCUCCCAGGACCUGCUGGGGGAGGCUCUGGCCCAGCAUAUCCACCAGCAGAUCGACAGCCGGGGUGACCACCAGCUCAGCCACUACAGCCUGGCCGGGACCUGGAGCCACAGGAUGGGCACGGCCCACGUGUCCGUGCUGGGGGAGGAUGGCAGUGCUGUGUCCGCCACCAGCACCAUCAAUACGCCGUUUGGAGCCAUGGUGUACUCACCGCGCACGGGCAUCCUCCUCAACAACGAGCUCCUGGACCUGUGCUGGAGGCACCCGCGGGGCUCCGGAGUCACCCCCCCUCCCGUUCCAGGCGAGCGGCCCCCGUCAUCCAUGGUCCCCUCCAUCUUGGUCAACGCAGCCCAGGGGUCGAAGCUGGUGAUUGGCGGGGCUGGCGGGGAGCUCAUCAUCUCUGCUGUGGCCCAGGCCAUCAUGAACAAGCUGUGGCUGGGCCUUGACCUGCAAGCUGCCAUUGCGGCCCCCAUCCUGCACGUGGACGGCAAGGGCCGGGUAGAGUACGAGCCCAGCUUCAGCCAGGAGGUGAAGAAGGGGCUCCAGUACCGGGGCCAGAACCAGACCGAGAGGCCUGUUUUCCUGAACGUGGUCCAGGCCGUGUCCCAGGACGGGGCCUGCGUGUACGCCGCAGCAGACCCCAGGAAGGGUGGGGAGCCCUCAGGCUACUAAAGAGGCUGCUCCCUCCCCACAGCUGGGAUCCCGCCCGGCGUGCACCCAGGCUGGCCUGGUCCAUGGGACCGAGCGCUCCGGCAGAAUCUGGACCCCUUGGCUGGACGGUCAGCCUGGGGCUUCAAGAGGUGGGGACAGCCCAGCAGAUGGA